GUUUUCUCGGCGACUUGUCUCGUUCUUCUUUGUCCGUCCCCUCUGCCCCUCUUUCAUUCAUCUCAAUAGCUAACAGCAACCAUGGCUGAUCGCAAGCGCCAGCGAGAUGACAACGAUGUCACCACACCCGUGUGGAACCCCAGCAGUUCGCCUAUCCUUGGCUCGUCGCCACCACUCCCCUCCUCAGACCCCGAGGACAACGGCGUUGUGGAUAACGAGCUGAUCUCUGAUAUCGAGAACGAGCUGGAGGGCGAGGGCGAAGACCUUUAUGGAUCUGACAUGGAAAACGACUAUGUACAGAACGUGCGAUUGGACAAUUAUGAUCCAGAUGAUCUCGACGACGAGGAGUUCGAGCGUAUGGAUCCUGCGGACCGCGCAAGAGUCGAGGCGCUUUUGGCCAGACGAGAUGCAGAGCGCGCAAGGGCAGCUGGAAGAAUUCCCGAGGCUUUCUUGGAUGACGACACGGAUUUGGCAAACAUCGUUCACCGCAGACGACGUGUCCAUGAGCAGGAUCUCAUGGAGGACGAUCUAGAGGACAUGUCCAAUGUGAUCCUGGAUCCUGAGCAACUGAGCGAUCACAAGGGCAUGCCGAUCUCAGAGUGGGUUACAAAGGAGUUAACGCGUCGCACCAUCAUGGCAGAGUUCAGGAGAUUCUUGCUGGAGUUUGUUGACCCCAACGGAGAGUCAGUGUACGGUCCUCUCAUUCGAAUUCUUGGACAGGCUAACAAAGAAAGUCUGGAAGUCAACUACCGCCAUCUCUCGGACGCGAAGCCCACGCUCGCCUACUUUGUUGUGAAUGCGCCCCAGGAGGUUCUGAAGAUGUUUGAUUCUAUUGCGUUCGAGGUCGUCCAAAUGGAAUACCCAGAUUAUGGGCGCAUUCAUUCCGAGAUUCACGUCCGUAUUACCGACCUUCCUAUUAUCUCGACCCUCCGCGACCUUCGCCAAGUCAACUUGAACUGCUUGGUGCAGGUAACAGGAGUGGUGACGAGAAGAACGGGCGUCUUUCCUCAGCUCAAAUACGUCAAGUACGACUGUGUGAAGUGUGGUGCCACUCUUGGACCUUUUUACCAGGACUCACAGACUGAGAUUUCGAUUGGAAGCUGUACAUCGUGCCCAUCCAAGGGUCCCUUUGCAGUUAACUCGGAGCAGACUAUCUACCGCAAUUAUCAGAAAAUGACGCUACAGGAGUCCCCAGGCACCGUCCCCGCGGGUCGUCUUCCCCGUCAUCGUGAAGUCAUCUUGCUGUGGGACCUUAUCGACAGUGCAAAGCCAGGAGAGGAAGUUGAAAUCACGGGCGUUUACAGGAAUAACUUUGAUAUUGCACUGAACUCAGCCAACGGAUUCCCAGUCUUCGCUACUAUUUUGGAGGCCAACUAUGUGAACAAGAAGCAGGAUGUCUUUGCCAGUUUCAAGUUGACUGAGGAUGACCGUAAGGAGAUUCUCCGCCUCGCAAAGGACGAGAAUAUCGGAAAGAGAAUUAUCAAGAGCAUUGCGCCUUCGAUUUAUGGACACGAGGAUAUCAAGACGGCCAUUGCUUUGACCCUAUUUGGUGGUGUGCCCAAGGACCCGCAGGGAAAGCAUCGUCUUCGUGGAGAUAUCAAUGUGUUGAUGAUGGGAGACCCAGGAACGGCCAAGUCGCAGUUCUUGAAGUACGUGGAAAAGACCGCCCACAGGGCGGUGUUCACAACGGGUCAGGGCGCAUCCGCUGUGGGUUUGACGGCCUCUGUCAGGAAGGAUCCCAUCACACGCGAGUGGACACUGGAAGGAGGAGCUCUUGUACUGGCUGACAAGGGAGUGUGUUUGAUCGACGAGUUUGACAAGAUGAACGAUGCGGAUCGUACGAGUAUUCACGAGGCAAUGGAGCAGCAGAGUAUUUCGAUCUCGAAGGCCGGUAUUGUCACAACAUUGCAGGCGCGGUGCUCUAUCCUGGCAGCUGCUAACCCUAUCCGCGGACGAUACAACCCUGCGGUGACGUUCUCGGAGAACGUGGAGUUGACGGAGCCGAUUCUUUCGCGUUUUGAUAUUCUUUGCGUGGUCAAGGAUACGGUGGAUCCGACGGUGGAUGAGCGACUUGCUAACUUUGUGCUGAAUUCUCAUCUCCGGAGCCAUCCCCAAUACUCGCCAGAGCAGGAUCAACUCAACCUAUCGGAGCAAAUCGAUGCCGAUAUUAUCCCACAAGAUAUGUUGCGUAAAUAUAUUAUGUAUGCUCGCGACAGGAUCCAUCCCAAAAUCCACCGAAUGGACCAGGACAAGAUUGCUCGUCUGUAUGCAGAUCUCCGCCGCGAGUCACUGGCUGGAGGAUCUAUUCCGAUCACGGUCCGCCACCUGGAGUCGAUGAUCCGAAUGUCGGAGGCGAACGCAAAGAUGCACCUGCGCGAGUAUGCGCGAUCAGACGAUAUUGAUAUGGCGAUCCGGGUGAUGCUCGAGUCCUUCUUCAGCGCGCAAAAGUUCUCGGUGAUGCGGAGCCUGAAGAGGGCGUUUAACAAGUAUCUGACGUUUGCGAAGGAUAGCGACGAGUUGUUGUUCUCGGUCUUGAAUGAUAUCCUGAGGGAGCAUUUGAGGUUCAAUCAGAUCAAGAACCCGAGGACGGUGGUGAAGUCGAUUACGAUUGAGUUGGUGGAGUUGAAGGAUCGGGCGACGGCACUGGACAUUCAUGAUAUCCAGCCGUUCCUGACGAGCCAGUUGUUUACGUCGAGUGGGUACCGGUUUGAUGCGUCGAGAGGUGUUAUUGAGAGACACUUUUAAUUUAUGUCAUCGCUUUCAAGCAUGGCAUGGCAUCCUUUUGCGAUAAAAUA